AUGAUAGAGGUUUCUAGAAGAAAUGGAGAAGCGAUUUAUGAGGAUGUUUUAAAGUGGUUAACUAAUGUUGAGGAGCUCGUUGAUGAUACAAGAAUGAGUUUUGAAGGCUUUGAGCAGAAAGAAAAUAAUCGAUUUUUCAUUGGGUUGUGUCCUGAUCUGAGAACCUGUUAUCAUCUCAGCAACAAAGCAAUGAGGCAACUGAAAGCUGUUGCUGAACCCCAGGGAGAAGGAGUGUUCCAUAGAGUUUCUUACACUAUCAUUUCACCCAGCAAAUGGCUUACUUCUACCAAAGUUUACGAGAAUUUUGGAUCAAGAAUGUCCACUUUGCAGGGUCUAUACAACACAUUAAAGGAUCCGGCUAUCAACAUAGUUGGGGUGUACGGAAUGGGUGGCAUUGGCAAGACUGUGUUAGUGAAUGUUUUAGAUGAAGAAGAAGGUUUUAGUCUAUUUAAGAAAAUAACAGGUGAUUCUGCUGAAAACCAUGAGUUGCAGUCCUUAGGAAUUGACAUAGCCAAGGCAUGUGGAGGUUUGCCUCUUGCCAUUGCUUCAAUUGCAAUUGCAUUAAGAGGCAAGGGUUUAGCUACAUGGCGCAAUGCAUUGCGAAGUUUGAGAAGGCCUUUAUUGAAUAACUUCACUGGAAUACUUGUGGAGGUUUAUUCAAGUAUAGAGUUGAGUUACAAUCUUUUGAAAGGUGAGGAACUCAAGUCAACUUUUUUGCUUUGUAGUAUAAUGGAAUAUUCUGGUGAUGUUUCCAUUAUGGAGUUGUUGAAAUAUGGAAUGGGUUUGGGUUUAUUUAAAGAAAUUAGUAGGGUGGAAGAAGCACAAAAUAGAGUAUUUACAUUGAUCCAUGAACUCAAAUGCUCUUGUUUGUUACUAGACGGUUAUUCCAAUGAAUGGUUUUCUAUUCAUGAUGUUGUUCGUCUUGUUGCCAUAUCAAUUGCAUCUAGAGAUCAACAUACAUUUAUACUGAGAAAUGAGGCUACAAAUUGGCUAGAUAAGGAUGCACUUAGAAGUUGCAAAGCAAUCUUUAUACGUGAUAGUAAUGAUAGAGAGCUUCCUGAAGGUUUGGAAAGUCCACAUCUCAAUUUUUUCAAUCUUCUUGCUCGAAAUCCUUUUAUGAAAAUUCCAGACAAUUUUUUCACUGGAAUGACAAAACUCACUAUUAUAAAUUUAACCAAAAUGCAAUUAUCACCAUUACCUUUCUCACUUUGUCUCUUAGUAAACCUUCGAACAUUGUGUUUGGAUCAGUGCAAAUUGGGAAACAUAGCUGGUAUUGGAGACUUGAAGAACCUAGAAAUCCUCAGCUUAUCACAUCCUGACAUUAAGUUUUUGCCUAAAGAUAUAGGACAGUUGACUCAGCUGAGGAUCUUUGUUCAAUGGGAAGUUGAAGGACUCAACUUUGAAGGAAGAAAUGCUAGCCUUGAUGAGUUGAAGCAUUUGUCUGAAUUGACAUCCUUAGAAAUACAUAGUAAAGAUGCCAAUAUUCUACCAAGAGAUCUUGUUUCUAAGUUGAAAAGAUAUAGGAUAUUCAUAGGUGAUGAGUGGGACUGGUUUAGUGAGUAUGGGACUUUAAGAACAUUGAAACUGAAGGUCAAUGCUAGCAUUUUUCCGAAGCGGGGGAUUACCAGGCAAUUGAAUGGAAUUGAAGAACUAUAUUUAGAAGAAUUGCUGGGUGUCAAUAAUGUUCUUUAUCAAUUAGAUGGAGUAGGUUUUUCACAAUUGAAGCAUCUCCACAUUCAGAAUAAUUCCUCCUUUCAAUGUAUUGUUGACCCAAUGGACCGGGAACCUAGUCAUGCUUUUCUGCUCUUGGAGUCACUGUCUCUUCAAAACUUGAUUAACUUGGAGAUGAUAUUUAAAGAUGGCAUUGAAGAGAUUUAUGCCACUGAAAGUAAAGAUGACUUCGAAGAUAUUUAUGAUGAUGAUAGUGAAGAUGACAUCGACAACAAUGAAGUGAUCGAUAAGAUUGCAAUAAAGCUCUUGCUUGAAAGUAACAAGGUCUGA